AUAACAGCAAGUGGGCUUGUUGUGCCCGUGGCCGUUCCUCCACCUUCAGUUGUUGGAAUGCAUCUUCCCCCUCCACCUAUCCCACCCGUUCCGGGAACUGAUGCUAAGGUUGUUGCUCCUCCUACAACAACAGUUGUUGUUCCACCGCUGAGCAGUAUACCAGUACCUCCUCCUCUGCCACCUCUUCCUCCUCCCCCUUUUGAAGUUGCCCCACCUCCACCACUUCUUCCUCCUGAAUCUUUGACGAUACCUGAAAAAGCAUCGCUUAUCAGCGCUGAUCCUGCAGUGCCAUCCGGAUCAGGGUGUACACAUACCAACUCUGCAAGCCAAGUUCGUGGUUCAGCACUACCAAUGCCGAAUGUUUCAAUGAUCAAGAAACGAGGUUUUGAUCGUCCAACAGUCCUUAACAAAAUUAGAAGAGAUAUUGAUUUGUCUAUGGAAUGGGGCAGUGGUUUUGUUGAAAAGUACGAAAUAUUGUAUCAAGUCGGUGAAGGUACUUACGGGCAAGUGUAUAAAGCAAGAGAUAAAAUUACAGGUGAACAAGUCGCAUUGAAAAAAGUGAGACUUGAAAAUGAGAAGGAGGGGUUUCCAAUUACCGCUGUUCGUGAAAUUAAAAUUUUGCGGCAACUCAACCAUCCAAACGUCGUCAAAUUGAUUGACAUUGUUACAGACAAAUUGUCUGCUGCUGAUAUGCGCACGGAAAGAGCAAAUUUUUAUUUGGUAUUCGAAUAUGUGGACCACGAUCUAAUGGGGUUGCUUGAGGCAUCACAUCUUAUCAACUUUCAUAAUGAUCAGAUUCGUAACCUAUUUAAGCAGUUGAUUUUAGGCCUUGAGUAUUGUCAUUCUGCCGGAUUUUUGCACCGUGAUAUUAAAUGCAGUAACAUUCUACUAAAUAACAGAGGCGAGAUAAAGAUAGCAGAUUUCGGUCUUGCUCGAUAUUACUCAUCAGAUCAGGAAAGGUUGUAUACAAAUCGAGUUAUCACGCUGUGGUAUCGACCACCAGAGCUGUUGCUUGGGGAUGAGCAUUAUGGCCCAGCAAUUGAUGUCUGGAGUAUUGGGCAAGUCGUUUUUGUCCUAACGCUUAUCAUUCUUAUCGUUGUAUGCAUACUUGGAGAGUUUUUUACGAGGAAACCACUAUUUCAAGGAAAUAACGAGGCUGCGCAGUUGGACCUCAUCUCCAAGGUGUGUGGCUCUCCUAGUGUAGCUAACUGGCCGGAUGUUGAAAAGAUGCCUCUUUUCAAUACUUUGCGAAGUAAAAAACAGUAUGUGAGAUGCUUACGAGAAGAGUUUGCCCAGUUAGUGCCAUCAGGUGCUAUUGAUCUCAUGGAUAAGAUGCUUCUGCUUGACCCAAAGAGGAGAAUUUCGGCGAAAGAUGCUAUAAACCAUUUUUGGAUUAAAAAUUUCGACUAUUCUACUGUGCCUCCUUUGAGGUUACCUCAACAUCAGGACUGCCAUGAGUUGUGGAGCAAGAAACAACGAAAAGAAAGACGAUCAAUUAAUCCUAGAGUGACAUCUCAGCAAACUGAAGGGCAUGAUCCAGAAUUACCUAGCUAUCUCUCCGCACCAAGUUCUACGGGUCAACCACUGCAGUUUGAGAGAAGACGAAAUUCGCCAGCUAAUGGAUACACGUCUACUUCGAUCAAUCCCACGAAGCUAGAUGGUAACUACUGUUUCUACCUCUUUGAGGAAAAUUUGGCUAUUUCUCACAUUGAGUCAUCUAUUUCAUUUUAG